AUGUAUGAACUAGACCCUUCAUUGUAUACCGUGGCAUGGCUUGCCCCGCUUGAAAUCGAGGUGCAAGCGGCCCUGCAUAUGCUGGACAACGUACACGACGGCCAAUUUGCACUGGGCCGAGGCGAUGAUUAUGUCUUUCAUGCUGGCGAUAUAUGCGGGCAUAACAUAAUCGUUGCCACUCUCCCUGCAGGUCAGGAGUACGGCACCGGCUCCGCAGCCGCUCUCGCCAGCCAAGUCAAGAAAUUCUUCCCCAACCUGUGGUUUGGGUUACUGGUCGGCGUCGCCGCUGGUCUCCCGAAUCUGUCCACAACUCCACCUCGUGACAUCCGCCUCGGCGAUGUUCUAGUUGCGCUGCCAGAGGGGAACAACGCUGGGCUGAUAGCCUAUGAUCUGGGAAAGGAGACUGGGAAGGACGGGUUCCAACUUCUGCGUUUCGGGCAUGUCCUUGCUACCACUGAGACGGUUAUAAGGUCUGCUAUCGGAAGCAUCAAACUCAAGGCACCGAACGAUGCCAAGAUAUUCCUACCCUAUUACGAGACCAUGAAAGAGGAGGAGCAUAUAAAUGGGACAUUUGUUGAUCCUGGUCAGGAUCAUGACAUUUUCUAUGAAGUAGAUGAUCAGGGCGUAGAGAAAAUUGUCGAGCGAGCCCGCCGACCAGACUCCAAGCGUACGCGAGUGUGGUACGGGCCGAUCGGGUCGGGAGAGAAGUUAAUGAAGAACGCUCAAAAGAGGAACGAGCUCCGAGACAAGUACGGCGUGAUUGGCCUUGAGAUGGAAGCUGCCGGCACCAUGAAUCGGAUACCCGUUGGUGUCAUCCGCGGUGUUUGUGAUUAUGGAGAUGAACACAAGAACAAAGAUUGGCAACCAUACGCCGCCGCCAUGGCUGCUGCGUAUGCCAAAGCCGUCUUGCACAAGAUUCUACCGCACAAGGUACCAGGGACAAACAUGAGUCAGGUUGAAGCGCAAACGUAUAGCCCACAGGGAGCAGGAGGACCUGUGUUCAAUGGCCCAAUCACUGGUAGGAAUGUACUGGCAGGCAUGUCAGUCUCCGGUGGUAUAUCGAACUUCAACUUCUCAUAA